GCUUCUCUAUUCACCUCUUUCUACAUUUAGACCCAACCUGUACAUCAAUGACAAUCUUCAAAAAAAAAAAAAUCAUGUAGAAAAAGGAUAGAAAUCAAUGGUGAUUUUGAUCUAAGUGUAUUUACUACCAUCACUGCCCAUUUCCAUUGAAGCGUAAGAUGAUGAUGCCUAUCAAUUGUAAAACGUGUUUUCUCUCUCCAAACAAAAAAGCGCAUGGAGAGAGACAAGAUGCAGAAAUACAAAGUGCUUUUGUUGUCUAACGAGAACAGACGAUGACGAAACUAGUCGCACAACCGGCGGCCAGAGCGACAAGCUUAGAGUUCGAAGGGAUCUCAAAGAGGAGAGAGAAUGCUCUGAUAGGUUCGAGUCCUUCUCGUUUGCCCAAGUUCCCAUGUUCAUUCCAUCCCCAACCCCAGAUUUGAACGGUGUUGUUCUGGAGUGUUGAGGUGAGUAAGAGAUGUUCUGAGCCAGCGACGAGAUUCGCAUGAUGAGAGGGAAUGAGUCGGUCGAGGUGGAGAUGAGAGGUGCCCAAUAAUUGACCGUGCGAGUUGCUUCCAUAACCUAGGAGACGUUUGAAUGUGGGCCGAUCAGGUAGACUGAGGAUGACAAAGGUGGCGUUCCAGGUAGCUUGAAGCUCGAGGAUAUCAGCAGGAGGGAGCGCCUUGAGCGCCGAUGGGAUCUGUCCGUUACGGUUACUGCCCCAACACCAGAUCUGAGUGGGAGAGACCAGCACGCUAUGUUGGUUCCCGAGGGCGAUUUUGAGUGCAGAGAGGGGGGUGCCGAGGGGGAUGGAGAUCGGAAGGCGCGUCGGGAGGCUUGUCCGUGCCGGCUUGCCGUCCGACGUCUCCAGGGGACCCAGUUGGCCGUGCCGGGCCGCGCCCCAACCCACCAACUCGAUCGGCCCACCUCGCCCUCCGUUGUACUCGAUCACCGCGAUCACAUGCUGACAGCCUCCAUGCAGCCUGAUCCUUCUCCUUCCGGAGCCUGUGCGGCCGACGGAGGGGGGGAGAUCGACCAGGUUCGGGGUCCCCGGAUCUUCGGGGAGGGUCUCCUUCUUGGCCGACCCUCUCAGAUCGAAGUCGUUGGAUCCAAAGGCUAGGAUCUCGUCAUCGUACUGGAUCUCCUCCUCCUCCAUCCUCGUUUCAUCCUUCGUGCUUGGACCGCAAGAUCGUGGAGAUAAAACUACAAAGCUAGUUUCCCAACAAGCUGUCACUUGGACCGGCCGAUAGUGUUGUCCGAGUAACUCUUUCAACUCACGAUCGAUAUUCGAAGUCAUUGAGAUCAGUUUCAGGUAGUCAAUCAUCUUCAUGGUACUGCUGCACUCAUUAUUAGUAUCGUAGGGUUGGCUACUCUGGUUGAUGAUCGAUGGCGCGUUUUCUCCGAUCGAUGGUGAAGGUGCUAUCGAUGAGAUCUUAGGUCCUGAUUGGCCCUGAUUCUCAUCUCCGCACAGGUAGAUCUCAGGACGAGUUGGAUGGUUGAUCAAGAAGAGGGAGUGUCGACCUCCGAUGGACGAUGAGAUUGGUUGUUGUUGUUCUCUUUCUCCUUGUGGCUGUUGAUGAUGAAGAUUCCAUUGAUGGGUGUUAGUGAAUUCGUUAGGAGGAGGGAUAAUCCCGAACUGACAAAUUAUCAGGGGAUGACCGACAUGGCUCGGGGGACUGACGCACCCCCGGGGCGAGGAACCUACACAUACAUGCACCAUCACAGCCUCAGGUCAAAGGAAAGUUGAAGACUGCCAAGAACCACCAAGCUGAAGAUGGUCUCCCCAACCGAACACGAACAGGAAGACCUAUCAUCACCACGGAAACGAAAACUGAUCGGAAACAGCCCAUCCAAAACCAACCAUCCUCAUCCAUCCCCCGCGACCGCCAUCCCCCAGAAGAAACUCUCGAUCGACAAACGACGUAAGGUCGACAAGAUCUCACCCAUCAAAGCUAACCUUAAUACUCGAAGGAGGAACAUCGAACCCAUCUUGAAUAGGCUCCGUAAAUGGUCUAUCAAAUGGGAAGUACCCAGGAAAGUACUCCACACGAGCAUCGGAUUCAUCACGCUUCAUCAAUGGAUCAAAGGCUCAACCACUGCACCCAAGAUCACCAUAGGACUCAGUAAAGCCUUGAUCAUCAUCAUCUCUGCCGACCUCUUACGCUUUCGUUCGACUAGAUUUGCGCGUUUUUAUGAAUCUGUCUUAGGCUUCCUCAUGAGGCCUAAUGAGAAAAAUAACUGGAACGGGGUCAUCUUUUAUCUGAUUGGUGUGAUCACUAGCUUGAGUACUCUACCUUUAGAUAUCAGCGUCUUAUCGAUCUUGAUUCUAUCGUGGGUAGACACGGCGGCCUCAUUGAUAGGACGAACAUACGGCACGGAACAAAACCGCCUGCCGAGUCCACCAUUUGCUCGACGGAAGUCGAUAGCAGGGUUCCUAGGAGCCAUGACAGUCGGCACGACGACGGCCUACAGUUUCUGGACGAUGUGGGCCGGACGAGGAGGAUUAGAGGGAUACAGUUGGAGCGGGGUAGAGCUACCAUCAUCAUCAUACAACGUACUCCUUCCGAGAAGAGCCCAUCCAUUCGCAUCUCUCAAUCCACUCCUGGCCUCUUUCCUCACCCGCAUCCAACUCCCGACUCCCAACUCUAUCCUUCCUAUCGCCCCCUUAAGUAUCGCUUGUGGUCUCGUUGCCGCUCUCGCCGAGUCCUUCGACUUCUUCGGCUGGGACGAUAAUCUCGUCUUGCCUAUCUUCUCCGGUUGGGGCAUUUGGGGCCUGAUGAAAACUUUCAGUUGAUCUCGUCCACCCUAUCUCACUCUUGGUUUGCUCCUGGAACCACAUCCUUCACUUUUCUCUACUUGUGGAAUAUAUAUAUAUAUAUUUAUUUACAUAUAUACACAUUUUGUUCAUUGUUUCACUUGGACUUCGAGUAUUCUUGCCUUUUAUUUUGUGCGGAUAGAAGUUAUAUAAUUCAUCCCGUUUUU